UGUUUGAAGGCUUUAGACAACAAGUGCAAACAAACGCGUUGAGUAUUAGACUCGGAGAGCAGAACCAGUAGGUGAGUUGCAACAAUUCAACGAGAACUGGUUGAUAGAAUAAUUCACAUUUAAUGCAUUUACCCCGUUCGCUAUGGCAAAAUAUGCAUGGGAGAGGAGCACUCCCGCGGUACCUGGCUAACAUGGCUAUCCAACGACCGCGUCAUGUCACCGUGCUAGGUGAAGAGUACCCCAUCGACCACAUGACGAACAUAUCUCCCACAAUCGUGUCCAAGCUCCCACUACGGCUACACACACAACCCUCACAUCCCCUCGGCACACUCCGAGCACUCAUAGAAUCACAUUUCCCCUCCUACGCUCACCUCUCCUCGCUCUCUCCCCUCGUCACUCCAUACCAAAAUUUUGAUCUACUGUCUUUCCCAGAAGACCACCCUGGCCGGUCCGUGACAGACAGCUACUAUGUCAACAAGGACCUCAUGUUGCGCACUCAUACCUCUGCUCACGAAGUAGAGGUGUUUGGACGAGGAGAGACGAAGUGGUUGCUUACCGCAGAUGUGUACCGGCGCGACGAGAUAGACGGGUCGCAUUACCCUGUAUUUCAUCAGACAGAGGGCGCACGUAUCGUUUCAGCAAAUUCAACAGGCAUGAAGGAGAUCGAGGAGGACAACGAACGUCUCGCAGCCUAUUUGGAACAAUCCAGUAUAGAAAUUGAAGAUGUCCCCCAUUUAUCGCCAAUGAAUCCUUGUCAGCCAGCUCAUGAUCCAAAACACACGGAAUUGAUUGCGAAAAACCUGAAAUUGUCCCUGAAUAGUCUUAUGCUACACUUGUUUGCUGGACGUGUCGGUGCUACUGCUCAAAACCCACUUAAAGUGCGGUGGAUAGAAGCUACUUUCCCGUGGACGACACCAAGUUUUGAGGUCGAGGUCUUCUUCCGUGGUAAAUGGCUAGAAAUUCUCGGUUGUGGGGUCAUUUAUCAGCCAACGCUCGAUAACGCAAAUGUUUCCAACAAACUGGGGUGGGCGUUCGGCCUUGGACUUGAACGGAUAGCAAUGAUCUUAUAUUCUAUCCCCGACAUUCGUUUGUUCUGGUCACAGGACCCCCGUUUCCUCUCGCAGUUCAAACAAGGCGAAAUCACUACGUUCAAACCAUACUCAAAAUACCCGGCAUGCUUCAAGGACGUAAGUUUUUGGCUCCCCGAAGGCCAGACGCUUCAUGAAAACGAUUUUUGCGACCUUGUUCGAGAUGUCGCUGGAGAUGUGGUGGAGGACGUCGGAUUGAUCGACAAUUUCACUCAUCCAAAAACUAACCGGAAGAGCCUUUGUUACAGGAUCAAUUAUCGUUCGAUGGACAGAUCACUUUCGAACGACGAGGCGAACUCUCUCAAUGCACAGGUUAUUUCCUGUUUGCGGGAUCGGUUCAGAGUUGAGAUUCGGUGAAUUAAACGUGCUAAAAUAAUAUCUAUCGUGCAUGCAAUCUACCCAAAUCGCUCAUAGAGGCUCUAUGAGCACUUACUAGUG